AUGGAGAACACAACCAUGUACUUGGUGAUGGCUGUCUUUAUCUUUGGAUAUAUUGUUGCUGGUUCAGCAAUGCAUGACCAUGGUCAUGCGGCUGGUGACAAAUAUCUGAAGAAUGAAAGUGUUUCUUUUGUGGGAUCAUUGCGAGUGAGAAAAAAUGGUCCAAUGCCUUGGGUAGGAACUACAGGGCGACUGUGCAAAAGAUCUGACGGUACCAAAUGCCAGUUCUCCAGCUGUGGGUUAGGGCGUCUUCUUCCAAAAUGUGCCAUUGGAUUUGCAAGGGGUGUCAAAGGCGGGCGAAAAGGAUUGUCUUAUACAGUCACCAGAUCUGAUGAUAACCCCACAAAUCCUGCUCUUGGUACAUUGCGUUAUGCUGUGAGCCUCUACUCUGCCAGCCCUAGAGGAGUGUGGAUCACCUUCUCCCAUGACAUGAAAAUUCAGCUAAAACAAAUGCUGCAUGUCUAUAAUCGAACAACCAUAGAUGGCAGGGGAGUGAGGGUAAUCAUCACUGGAUAUUCAAUUGAGCUGAACAAAGUCCAAGAUGUUAUUCUUCAUAACCUUCAAGUCAGUGACAUCAACUCUGAUACAGUUCACAUAUUUGAAUCCAAAAUGGUCUGGGUUGAUCAUUUAACUUCCUUUAAUGGCCAAAGAGGUUUGGUAUCUGCUGUUUAG